UUUUACAUGAUCUAUAGUAGCACAAAAUGUCGUAAAUAUUGUUAUUUGUCUUUGUCAAACGUUAGUUGCUUGUAUUUUUACCACAAUCUGCUUUUUUAACAAGUUAUUUAACAUAAAUGAACGACGUAGUAAAUAGUAGCGAAAUGAAGGAAUCGUACUCUAUAUACCACCAAGAAUACAUCAUAAUGGCUGAAUAUCGCAUGUUACAAACGGAAAACCUACAAGGGAUUUAUGUUAUUCCAUCAUAUGAAAAUUCACUAUUAUGGUUUGGAGUGAUAUUUGUAAGAUCUGGUGUAUAUGAAGGUGGAGUGUUUCGUUUCACUCUAACAUUGCCUGAAAAAUUUCCUAAUGACAGUGUUCCUGUUGUCACAUUUACAUCAAAACUGUAUCACCCUGCAGUAAAUGCAAAUACUGGAGUUCUGAAUUUAAAUGAAGUAUUCCCUCAAUGGGAUAGAAAGCAACAUCAUAUUUGGCAAAUUUUAAAAUAUUUACACUUAAUAUUUAACAACUUGAAUUUUAAAUCAUCAGCGAAUGUUGAUGCAUCAGUUGCAUUUAAGAAUAACCGAAAAGUUUUCCUGGAGAAAGUGAAGGAAUGUGUAAUGUCCAGUAUUGAUCAUAUUUAUGAUGACCCUCCCGUUGAUGACAAACAUUACAUAACCUUCAAGCCGUAUGAUCCUGAACUUCAUGAAACUGUUACAAAUGACAUGCUUAAAUUAUCAAAAACUAAAACUAAUGAGGGGACACAUGGAAUAUCCUGGGUACAGCCUGGUUCCUUUCAAUCAUUUUCCAAAGAAGAAACUACAUGAUAUUUCCAUAUUUUUAUUCAAA